GUAUUACCUGGCUUGAGUACAGCUCAAAGUAUCAUGCGGCUUCGGGUUACGCCAGGGCAUCAGCUCUAGAGCCUUAGCUGCUGCCCCUUCGUUUACGCAUCCUCCAAACAAAUUUUAAGAUGAAAAGUGUCACAGAUCCGGGGGCCUCUCCCUGGCGGGAUCCAGCGGAGACGCAGAGCCAGAGAGGGAGUGGGUGGAUAUCAGAGGAGUUUUCUUUUUCAUUUUUGGCUAAGAGUCGUGUGGCGUGAGCUCCUUUGAUGGAAGGAGAGCAGAGUUCAAGGAUUUGAGCAUCUGCAGACUGGAGAUCAAAGCCAGCGUGAAGGCGAUCUGGAAUGGGAUUGGGAGGUGAAAUAGGGGUGUGCCAGAUAAGUUACCCCAGACCGGGACCCGCGGCAACUCGAUGUCCCCGUGGCUUUCAGACUGAAUAGUAAAAUUUAACUGUCUUUCUGAUAUGGAACUUGAGGCAAAUUGCAGGUGUUCUCUACCUCUAGAAUGGAGAUUGGAGUAAGACAUUUGCCUGGGUGGAACAUAUAUAUUAAUCCGAACUGGUGGUUGUUUUAGAUCUAGCCAGCUGGCAACCAUGAAUGAAUGGAUGAAGAAAGGCCCCUUAGAAUGGCAAGAUUACACUUACAAAGAAGUCAGAGUGACAGCCAGUGAGAAGGAGUAUAAAGGAUGGGUUUUAACCAUAGACCCAGUCUCUACCAAUAUUGUCCUUGUGAACUUCCUUGAAGAUGGCAGCAUGUCUGUGACCGGAAUUAUGGGACAUGCUGUGCAGUCUGUUGAAAUUUUGAAUGAAGGGGACCAUAGCGUGAGAGAGAAGCUGAUGGAUUUGUUCAUGUCUGGAGACUGUAAGGCGUACAGCCCUGAGGAUCUGGAAAAGAGAAAGAACAGCCUGAAGAAAUGGCUGGAGAAGAACCACAUCCCCAUCACUGAAGAGGGAGAUUCACGAAGGACUCUCUGUGUGGCUGGGGUCUUGACUAUAGAUCCACCGUAUGGUCCAGAAAAUUGCAACAGUUCUAAUGAAAUUAUUUUGUCCCGUGUUCAGGAUCUUAUUCAAGGACACCUUGCAGCUUCUCAGUGAGAGGCCAAGAACUAUGGAUGCACUGAUUGAAAUAAGACUUCAUUUUUUGAAAAUUCUUUGUUGUUUUUGGUAAAAUCAAAGAUGGGGAUUAUCAGUGCUAAUAAGUGAACUGGGCAAGGAUGACAUCACAAACAAAUAAAAUUAACAUAGGGACAUCAGAAUUAUAAGAGCCUUUCCUUUUGAUGGGGAUACACCUCCAUUUCUUUUUUUUUUUUUGCGGUACGCGGGCCUCUCACUGUUGUGGCCUCUCCUG